AGAUUUUUUUACAAUAGUUCUAGAAAUACAAUAUUUAUAUAUACAUGCAUUUAUUGUAUGUAAUCAAAUUAUAAAAAUAUGAAAUUGCCGUAAAAUUAGUUAAAUUCGAGCGUUUACCUGAAGGCGGAAUACUGUUUUGAAUCUUUUUUAAACGACAAGUGAAAAAUUUGAAAAAUUAAGCUUUUAUAUAGAAUGGGCUUAAUUGAUAAGUAAAAAAAGAUGGAGCAAGACACGCACUGGUUUGUGCUGGCACGGAAAUAGCUGUAACCUAGACAAAAUAUUCGUAAGAGGUAGCUAUCUUCACAAAUAGGGACAUUCAGUAAGCUGGUUUAAAAACAAAAUUAAAAACAAAGUUGCUGGCGGAAUGCAAGAACGUCUAAGGGUUUCCUGGACUCAGAAAAAGUCGAUCAAAGAUAAUAAUAAACGUAGCAAUAUGUUGUCUUGCAAAAGACGCUUAAUAUCCAGUAAAGUGCUUGCCGAUCCACCACCAUUAUUUGUGUCUUUCCCGAAUUGUAAGGACCAACAUAACGUGCAGUUAUACUCUGGGAGUUUAUUGAAUAUUAAGCUAUACGCGCCGGUGACUAUUGAUACUAGUCCGCAAAUUCAAAAUCAACCACUAACGAAGACGAAUUAUCAACGACCAGCUAUGCAUCGAAAGUCCAAAAGCAAAUGCAAGCUCACAGUUUUCAACAACAUUUCGCCACUUCUUUCCUUAAGUGAAAGGAAAAAUCAACCAUCCACCGAGCAUUCAUCGGAAACAGCAGUAACAGUUCAAAAACAUGAAGAAACUUCUGCCGGGAUAGAAGUGAAGACUUCCCAGUACUUACCAAGUAUAACAAAUUCUAAAAAGGGAUGUCAUUACCACAAAAGGAUUAAAAGCAAAAACGGAUCGCUUUCGUCAUCCCUGUUAUCAUCAAAACGAUGCAAAAUGGCGAUUCCAUUUCCGACAUUGGGCGCAACAUCUUUCCUUACUUUGCUGACAUUAAUUUGUAUAGAAACUAUUUUGCUAUCAACAAUGUCCAGUUGCGCAAAAACUUUCUAUAUGCAUUGGAAUACAUCGAACAGCAUAUUUCGGAUUGAUAAUACCGAUCAUAUAAUCGAUGUUAAUAAAGGCAAUCUUGCAUUCGAAUUCGAUCAGGUCCAUAUAAUUUGCCCAGUGUAUGAGCCAGGGACUUUUGAAAACGAAACAGAGAAAUAUAUAAUUUACAAUGUGUCUAAAGUGGAGUAUGAAACAUGCCGCAUAACAAAUGCAGAUCCGCGAGUAAUAGCUAUAUGUGAUAAACCUCAGAAAUUAAUGUUUUUUACAAUAACUUUCCGGCCAUUUACACCGCAGCCAGGUGGUUUGGAGUUCCUACCUGGAAAUGAUUAUUACUUCAUUUCAACUUCAUCUAAGGAUGAUUUAUAUCGGCGAAUUGGAGGCCGAUGUUCCACAAAUAACAUGAAAGUUGUCUUUAAAGUGUGUUGUGCCGCUGAAGGAAAGAACAAAACUACAGCGUCAAGCAAAUCUAUUUCAGGCGCAGAAACGGGAGUAGCCAUUAGUGUCAACAUAGCAGCCAAUGAUGAUAGUCAUGUUCACGGCCAAGGCCUUAAAAAUAUUGGUCUCAAUGGAGGCCUAACUUCAGGAGUAUCUCAAUCCGCUGGAAUGCCGCUCAAUCCAAUCAACGGCAAUAUCAAUUUAAAUGGCAUAGAAACUACUAUAAAUUCAAAUAUUGAUCAGUUUAAUCGGAUACCAAUUCAACCAAACAUAAUAGGUAACAAUGUAGGAAAUAACGUCGGUGGAUCUGCAAUUGUUGGUGGUGGAAUAAUGUUAACGCCUGGCCAUGGGCAUGGCAUUAAUAUGCUGCAACCAGGACGCGGAGGGGUAAAUGUGGCUUACCCUGGACAUCAUCACAUUCAAACUGGGAUCCGUAUAAACAAUGUGCCUACGCAGCACAGUUAUACACCUCACAAAGGUAUUGUUAAAAGCAAUAAUAACGGAAAUGAUGACCACCACAAUUACGACAAACAUCCCAACGAGGUUGUAAAAAACGAAGAGCUAACAUACAAUAGUGGCACAGCAUCAACAGAUCGGCACAUUUUAACUACGUGGAAAUGGUUCUUGACCUUCAUCCCAAUGCCAUCUUUUCAAUCUUGCUGUUUGUCUGCGUAUUGGAUAAACUCAUAUUUAGUAUUAAGCAUUUUUUCAAUCCUUGGUUUUCACUAUCUGGUUGAAAACGUGCUGCAAACCACGAUUCCGUGGUAUGGAUCUAUAAUGAUAGAAUGCAGUCCAACAAGCUUAUUUGUCUCCACAUCCAAUACUGUCAUAAUUGAUAGGUAAAUUUUAAAUGAACAUCAGGUUUUUUUUUCCUGUUUAGCAUUUAUUGCUAAUGAAUAUUAAUAUCAAUCGAUAUUUUUUAUCACCUUACUCCAAGUAUGUUUAUAUUGAAAGUGUUAAAUGGAAGUGGAAUGGAAAGGUUGGAAUACUCGUACUUCCUUAUAUUGAGAAGAAUGUGUAAUUGCAAUUGAUGGGUUAGUCUUACUCGAAAUAUAUUAAUAUAGAUCACAUAAAAAGGAGAAAGGUGAAAUAGAAUUAAUAAGUAAAAAAUUAAAUAUAUCAAAUACUUUAACAGUUAGAUAUAGCGGUGUAGUUAUAAUUGAUAUCGUUUAAGAAAAGGAUGAUAUGAUAGCUAAUGCUAUUUCGAAGAUGAUCAGUAUACAAAGCACUUGCAAUAUUAUCGAUUGCAUAUACCACCAUAAAGUGUUUAGCCACCGUGUGUACUGACCUUUCUUAUAAUUGUUUCUGUGUCCUGUCUUUGCAAAACCAUUUAAUGCGGUAUAUGUGCAGACAAAAAAAUAGGCCCAUUUGCAGAAAUUAUAAACUGAUUUACAAUUACAGCUAAAGCUUAAAUAUUUGACUGUCAGUUAAAAUUAUCAUUCCGGCAUUGACUUGUCUACGAAGGAAAGGAAAUGUUCAAAUUAAUAGUAAAAAUGUACGGCAAACAACAGAUUAGCACGGCUUUGGAAUGGCUUAAUUUUAGAAUUUACCUUAUCUUUGGAAUUCGGAAAUAUAAAAUGUUAGAAAAACAAGUAUAUAUUUAAACUUAUUUGCUCCCCGUGCAAACAUCUGUACGAAGGAUAUAUCGACUGAAAUUAAAAAAAAAUUAUUAUUGCUUAUUACAAAAGCGCAUAGAAAAUAAUUUUAAAAUAGACAGUAUAAUGCGAUUGUGUAAAUGUAUUUGUGUAAGAUCAAGUGAAUUUGAUGUAUGUGUGUUUAGUAUAUUUAAAAGCGUGGUAGGUAUUUUGAAUAUGGUAAAGGUGAAAUUCAAAGAACUCAACUAUAAGUUUUACGUUCUUUUUCGUUUAUUUUUAAAUUUAAGUUUACCUUUAAAAUGAUAUAAAUUUAUUUUUAAAGUAACCAAGCAGUAUAGAGAAGUGAUUCUUAACAUUUAAGAAAAUAUAUAUGUAUAUACAUAUAGAAUACAAUACACUAACUUAUAUACAAAAAAUGAUUAGGUGAAACGUUAUAAACAUUGUAAAAUUAAUAUAACUUGACUAAAGUUUAAAAAAAUAAAGAAAUUAUUUAGAAAUCGCAUAACAUACAAAAUUUGUGUAAAAAUAAAAAAAAUCAAAUUUAGAGCGCGGUUAUGUAAGCGUAAUUAAAAUUUAGUUCGAUAAACGUGUUUCGAUACCGUGGGCAAAAAAUAUCCGGCAGCUAGUUAACUAUUUAAAAAUCAUUAUUGAAGACAUAUUGUAAGCUGACUACAUCCCAAAAUCGAAAAAUAUAGUAUAAUAUAAGAUUUUGGGUUUGCUACACUUAAAAUAAAUAUAAUACUUUUGUUUGUAUUUAGUGUAAGCUUUGUUAUCUUAUACAUGUUUAAAAUUUUUUUAUAACCUGUGCUAGUUUAUCUACUGCAAUGCAUCUUUAAGCUACUUAAAUUCUAUAAAUUUCUACAUAUUUUAAACUCUGGGCGUAAUUUUAUUCUUGUACUGCCACAGCAAACCUGAAAACUAAACCGAAUUUAUUAUGAUCCAAUGGUAAAAAUCGAAAUUUAGAUUCAGUCCCAUUCUAUGAGUAAAUACUAUGAGUAAAUUUUGGAUUGCUCUACUUAGGCCUGUAUCCAGGACUUCCUGUCAAUGUGUUGACAGCUUUAAAAGCUACGAAAUAUUUAUAUAUUUAAUCUUAAAAGCUGUUUUUACUUUGAACGGAUACAAUUGGUGCGGACCUAACAGUAAUUUAUUCAAUUACUUAAUAUCAUAUUUACAAGCACCAUUACAUACCACAUACAAAACUUACAUAGAUUCAUACAAUAGAACCAUAACUAAUAAGACAGGAGACAAAAAUAAUAUAAUGAAUCGAUAGAACAACACUCGUGCAACACACAAUUUAUACAUACAUACAUAUGCGACCAGUCUUUUAUAAAUUUAGUGGUGUAGAUUGCCCAUAAGGAAAUAUGUAUUUUACUAGCAUUCGACCACAGCAAACGGAGAAGGGGAUGUUCAAAAGUUUAUUUUACUCUAUCUCACCUCCCUAUCCCCGUCCUGAGCAAUGCUUUCUUAAACAAUAACAAAGCGCAUUAUGUUUGCAUUAUGAGCUUUAAAUUUCUGAUUUUUUAAUUUUUAACGUUUUGUUAGAGGAAUGUGGCAUAAGUGCAAACGCAAAAGUGUCUUUAUUUAUUUGUUCAUUUGAAUAAAAUUUCAUUAUUGAAAUAAAUUUUAAUUUUAGCAACUAUUGUGUAUGUUUUAUUAAAGAAAUUGUGUACAAAAUGAUGUAGUGAAAAAGUGUACAAAUUCAGCAUUAAUUAUUUAUUUUGAUUAAAUUUUGUUACUGAAAUAAAUUUGAAUUGUAACAAGUAAAUAGUUAAUUAUGUUUUUACAAAGUCAAUUGCAUUAUAAUAUUACUAGGUGUGCCGCUGAAAUACGUAUUAUCGUAUACAAAAAGCUUUUCAAAUAAAUUAUCGAUCUUUUUUUGACUACAUGAUGCACAAAAUAUCUGUUUACCUUUCUAAAACAUAAAACCAUUGCAAAAACAAAGCCGAUAUUAAUGUAUAUGAUUUAAUAUUAUUGAAAUGAAGAAAUUGUAUGAAUUGUGUGCAAGACAUAGUAUGCAUUUGUAUUUAUAUGUUACUAAGAAACGAGUAUAAUGUAGUUUUUAAUAGUAUAUUGUUUAAGGAGUAUUAUAAGUCAGAGCCAUACAAAAAUGAUGUAUGAGCAUAACAGAUAGCCAAGCGCGAAAUAAUAAAGCAUUUUUGGCGUAAAGAUGAUAAAAUGUAUUAUUAAAAAUAAAAUAAUUUUGAAUUUACAUUUAA